UAUUUUUGUGUUGGGGAAGGACGUCGGGGUUGUUUCCUAGUCGCCUCCUCGUUUCUUUCAUUGACGAUGUCCGAGCCAGAGGAAGGGAGUGAGUUUGGCUACAUAGUGGACCUGCUAGAAAAAGGCAAGGUUACCAUUAAGAAUAUUGAACGAGAGCUCAUCUGCCCAGCAUGCAAGGAGUUAUUUACCCAUCCACUUAUACUCCCUUGUCAACAUAGUAUCUGCCACAAAUGCGUAAAAGAAAUUCUCUACUUUACGCUUGAAGAUUCGUUCAAUGAUACUGCCUCAGAGACCUCCAAUCAAAGUAGCCCUCGCAACCGAAUGCAUUCCCCUAGCUUGGAUAGAAUUGACAGGGUUAAUAGAUCAGGUUGGAAACGCAAUUCCUUGACUCCUAAGACAACUACUUUCCCUUGUCCUGGAUGCCGGCAUGACAUAGACCUGGGAGAGCGUGGCAUCAAUGGCCUAUUUCGCAACUUCACUUUGGAAACUAUUGUAGAACGAUAUAGGCAGGCAGCAAGGGCAGCUACAGCCAUUAUGUGUGAUCUCUGUAAACCUCCACCGCAAGAAUCCACAAAGAGCUGCAUGGAUUGUAGUGCAAGUUAUUGCAACGAAUGCUUCAAAAUACAUCAUCCCUGGGGAACUGUAAAAGCGCAACAUGAAUAUGUGGGACCAACUACGAACUUCAGGCCUAAAAUUUUGAUGUGUCCGGAACAUGAAAUGGAAAAAGUAAACAUGUAUUGUGAAAUAUGCAGAAGGCCUGUUUGUCAUCUUUGCAAAUUGGGUGGCUCACAUGCAAACCACAGAGUGACUACCAUGAGCAGUGCCUACAAAACACUCAAGGAGAAACUUUCAAAAGACAUAAACUACCUCAUUAGUAAGGAGAGCCAGGUGAAAAGCCAGAUUACAGAACUUGGUCUUUUAAUGAAAGAAGCAGAGCAUAAUGGUGAAAGAGCUAAGGAAGAAGCAUCUCACAGCUUUGAUAAGUUGUUCGAUGUUUUGGAAGAGAGGCGAGCAACUGCACUCAGGGCUAUUGAAGUAUCCAAAAACCUAAGGCUGGAGAAAUUGCAUUCUCAGAUAGAAGAGUAUCAGGGACUUCUAGAAAAUAAUGGCCUUGUAGGGUAUGCCCAAGAAGUUCUUAAAGAAACAGACCAGUCUUGUUUUGUUCAAACAGCGAAACAGCUUCAUGACAGAAUUCAAAAAGCAACUGAAUCUCUGAAGAGCUUCAGACCUGCAGCUCAAGCUUCUUUUGAAGAUUUUGUUCUUGACAUAGCAAAGCCACAGGAGGCUCUUGUGGACAUAUCUUUCCUUUCGAGUGGUGUUGAUAUACCAGAAAUCAACGAGGAACAAAGCAAAAUGUAUAACAAAGCUUUGAUCUGUUGGGAACAUCCACAGAAAGCAGGUUCAGCUGAUACUUACAUCCUUGAAUAUCGUAAACUGAACAGAGAAGAUGCUAACCCAGCAUGGCAAGAGACUGAAGUCUUCGGCAAGAGUGAGAUCAUCUCUGACCUUGACACUAACAGCAGCUAUGCCUUCAGAGUCAGAGGAUAUAAAGGAUCUAUCUGUAGUCCUUGGAGCAGGGAAGUUAUCUUGCACACACCACCAGCUCCAGUUUUUAGUUUCCUUUUCGAUGACAAGUGUGGCUACAAUAGCGAACGUCUCAUGCUGAAUGCGAGGAGAAAUGCUGUAGAAAGCAGGGCUGGAUUUCCUUUGCUUCUGGGAGCUGAACGUAUCCAAGCCGGUUGCUAUACUACAUUAGACUAUGUUGUUGGAGACACCGGUAUUGUGAAAGGGAAGCAUUUCUGGGCUCUCCGCGUGGAGCCUUAUUCAUAUUUGGUGAAAGUAGGAGUUGCAUCUGAUGCUAAGAUCCACGAAUGGUUCCAAAAUUCUCGUGAUCUAACAAGCCCAAGAUUACAGUUGCGUGACACUGUCGGGGAGAGAAAAAUCUUACAACAUGAAGAAAAGGGCCAGAAAGAGGAGGAGGGGGGAAGAAUGGAAAAAAGAUAUGAACAAGACAGUGGUCAUGACAGUGGGAGUGAAGACAUCUUUGUUGAGUCCUUGCAGCCUUUCACACUGGUAACCUUAGGCAUGAAGAAAUUCUUUAUUCCUAAGGUUUCUCCUGCUCCAGCUGCUUCCAAAGAUUCUAUGAACAGAAUUCUUCCCAUGCCAUCAUGCAUUGGAAUCUGCCUUGACUGUGACAAAGGCAGAGUUGGAUUCUACGAUGCAGACAGGAUGAAAUGUCUUUAUGAGCGUCAGGUAGACUGCUCUGGUAAAAUGUAUCCAGCUUUUGCAUUGAUGGGGAGCGCAGGAAUUCAUCUGGAAGAAACAAUUGCAGCAAAAUAUUUGAAAUACGAAGACGAAGACAUGUAAUGCCCAAGGAUCCAUCUUUAGCAUUAUGUCUUAAUUACAUCAUAUCUCCUAAGUGCUUUUGCUGCAA